GCGGCCUCUUCGAUGUGAAUAUCUUCGGUCUGUCGGUUAUCGAGUUUCUCGUUUGAUGACAGUUGAUUGUAGUUCUUGCGCGGUGGUCGCGCCUCUGUAAACGAAACGAAUAUUUUUGUUAUGGUGCUGUGCAGAUGAUUAAAAUGGACAACAAUUCGACAAAAAUAGCCGUCUUAGGAGCUGGUGUUGUAGGAAUGACUGCUGCGAAAUUGAUGCAAGAUAGUUUGAGAAAUGCCGAAAUAACAAUAAUAGCAGAUAAAUUCGCAGAAGACACAACCAGUAUGGUCGCUGCAGGAAUUUUCAGACCUGGUACCAGCUUCAGGGGUCGAACGAAGGAGAUUACCCAAAAAUGGAUGCGUGAUUCUUGGGAUUAUUGGCAGGACAUACUGAGAUCUUCCGAAGCGUCUAACGCAGGAGUCAUGCAAGUCGACGGUUAUAUUUUUUCUAAAGAUAACUAUCAUGUUACGAGAAAUCACCUCAUGGAAGAUGUAGUGCCACUUUAUCGACCUGUGGAAGAGAAUGAGCUGAAACUUUGUGGCGAAGGCUUUAAAUACGGAUCUUAUUUCUCUACAAUUAAAGCGGGAUGUGAUUGUUAUUUACCGUGGGUAGAAAGAAAAUUUACAGCCCAAGGAGGAAAGCUUAGUAAAAGCAAACUUGAAAGUUUUGCAUCGUUAACUCGAAAGUACGAUUUGGUUCUUAAUUGCACAGGAUUGGGAGCAAAAUAUUUAUGCGAUGAUCAUGAUUUGGUACCAAUUCGGGGGCAAAUCAUUAAGGCUCGGGCUCCAUGGUUGAAGACAGCGAUUUAUGGAGACUAUGACACGUACAUUAUACCGGGAAUGGAUGGUGUAGCAACAUUGGGCGGUACUCGCCAAUAUGAUAGUUACAACUUGAAUGUUUGUAGGCAUGACGCUAAUGCUAUUCUGGAAAGAUGUUGUGAGAUAGUACCUUCUUUAAAAAAAGCUGAUAUUGUUGGUCACAAAGUAGGGCUGCGUCCUCAUAGAGUGCCUGUUCGUGUGGAGGGAGAGCUGAUUAAUAGCUUAAAAGUGGUGCAUUGUUACGGUCAUGGAGGAUACGGUGUUAUGUGUGCACCAGGAACUGCUUUGCAAGCAGUUCAACUAGGCAUUGAUCUUUUGAAGUCCAAUACGAAGAAUAAGAUUUAGGAUAUGUUGUUAAAAAUCAGGACUUUCAAGUUAUAUUAUGACC